CGCAAAUGCCAUGGAGCCUUGUCCCAUCAGCCUCUACGAUAUUCUUCUCCCUGAUGUGUACUUGGGCAUAGGGCACGUCAAUCCCGAGCGACCGUUUUGCAAGGUCAUAGACGCCGACGACGGCACACAUCCUGUCCGCACCAUCCUCUGGAGCGGGCUUCUUGCGGAUGCGACACGCGUUGCGUCUUGCCUCCUCUUGUCAGGUCAAGCCUAUAGAGCCCCUGGGAACCCAAUCGCGGUUCAUGUUUGCAUCUUGGCGGACAGCAGUUACACGUACUAUGUGUACGAAGUAGCGGCAUUUCUUCUUGGAUGGACGCCGGUCUUACUUUCCACAAGGAAUAGCGUCGCCGCUCUGGAGCAUCUCAUACGAACCUCGGCCGCUAAUAUGAUUCUAGUUGACGACAGGCAUCUCCACCUUGCUCAAGAAAUGAAGGAUUCCCUUCCCAACUUGCUCGUGAUUCAGAUGCCUUAUGAACCGCAUGCCGGCAGCGAACUGGGACCAUUUGUGAGGCCCGCUUCCACAGCUCAGAGCACCUCGAAGGAACUGGACCGGCCCGUCAUUUAUAUGCAUACCUCUGGGUCUACGGGGUUCCCGAAACUAAUACCAAUCACUCAUCGCGGCCUGAUCAGCGGCGCGAGAAGUAUUUCUGGCGAUUUGUAUGUUGGCGACACGGUGUAUGGCCCUCUGCCGUUGGCUCACGGUCUUGGCGGGUUUCUAUACAUCAUGUGGCCUCUCGGAAGCGGUGUCUUGCCUACGUUCGUGUCCACGAAGUCCCCGGUCACGAGAGAGAGCGUCGUUCGCCACCUGGAGCUUCUGGAGCCGUGUAUCGCAUUUCUCGCUCCUGCAAUUUUGGAGGACAUCUUCCUCGCAGGCGAGUCUGGUAUCCGAGUUUUAUCACGAGCGAAGAGGGUGAUGUAUGGCGGUGCGCCUUUGCGGCGCUCCUGCGGCGACGCCCUCGUUGGCCACGGUGUAUCCUUGAUAACGUGUUACGGAAUGACUGAAAUUAACAGCAUUGGGACGAUGGACUUUCCGUCAACAAAUGUCCGAGGGGAUUGGAUGUAUAUUCGAUUCCACGACAAUUAUAAUCUUCACUUCCUUCCUGUAGACGAUAAUCCCGAAGUCAGGGAGCUCAUUGUUUCGCCCGGUCGCGAUGCCUCCCCCGCAAUCAUCAACCACACAGAUCCUGUAGGAUUUGCGACGAACGACCUGUGGUCUCCCCAUCCGAGUAUAUCAGGUCUUUGGAAACAUGUUGGGCGAAGGGACUCUGUCAUUGUAUUAAGCAACGGAGAAAAGACUGACACGAAGCAGAUUGAGACUCUUCUGCUCAAGGACCCCUACAUCUCGCGCGUCGUUGUUUUCGGAUCUGGCCACUUUCUCAAUGGCGUUAUUCUAGAACCCGUCGAAACCGGAGGGAGUGAAUUCGAGUUCUUGGAUAAGGUAUGGCCGACGAUCGCGCAUGCGAAUGAGAUAGUACCGAAGCAUUCUCGGUUACUCCGCGAGAUGGUCUUGGUCCGAUCUGACGCGAAGCCGAUAGCUCUCACCGACAAGGGUUCCGUCAAAACGAAUGAAACCCUUCGCCUCUAUUCAAGUGAGAUCGAAGAGGCUUAUUCUAGGCUAGAGAUCGACAGCCAAGCCUCUGUACCUGUCCCCGAGACCUUAGAUCACACCCAUCUCCUAGCCUUCGUCAAGAAUGUUGUCUCGGAAGCUCUCGGGCGCAAAAUCGACGAGCGUAGCAACUUAUUUGACAACGGCGAGUGUUUAACAGUCCGAAUACACCACGACCUCAUUCUGGCCAGGUUUGCCGAUACGGACACCGCUGAGGACCGACGUCUUCACAUUUCUCGGCUCGUUGAUCGAUUUUCUUCUGGUUUUACUCGUCACGUCCCAGAAGCCACCGCCCCGCAUGACCCACACAUGUUUUCUUUUCUCAUUACAGGAACUACGGGGUCGCUGGGCAGUCAUGUUCUGGCAUCGCUUGCUCGGCGAUCCGAUGUGCACAAAGUCUAUUGCUUCAACAGGCCUGCAGAUGGUUUAGACCCGAUACAGAGGCAGCAAAUUGCAUUUACAACUCGAGGGAUCGAUCCAAACAUUCUUGAUGAAGCCGCGGCCAAAAUCGAGAUAAUGUACGUCGACCUAUCGUCGCCUGACUUAGGACUUGAAGGUACUGUCCUAGAAAGGAUUCGGUCGGACGUGACGCACAUCGUGCAUCUGGCCUGGCAGAUGAACUUUAACGUCACGGUGGACAACUUUGAGCGCACGCAGAUAGCAGGCGUCCGUCAUCUGAUCGACCUCGCGCUUUCCUCGCGGCGAACCUGCCCACCCAAGUUCAUUUUUGUCUCGUCGAUCGCUGCGGCGCUGGGCUUUCAAGGAGAUGGACCCAUCCCCGAGAGAGCGAUGGACGACCCGGAGGUGGUGAAGAAAGAAUCGGGAUAUGGGCAAGCGAAGUACGUGGUCGAAAGGGUUAUUGACAAUGCAGCGAGGGAGACUGGGCUCGCGGCAACGGUCAUCCGGUGUGGACAGCUGUCUGGAUCGAGCAUCAGCGGCGCGUGGAACAUGGCCGAGUACAUCCCAAUUCUGCUCCUGUCGAGUGUAGAAAGUGGGGUGGUUCCUGCACAGCUCCCGAGCAUCCGUUGGGUGCCCAUAGAUGUCGCCGCGGAUGUCGUUGUGGAUCUCUGCGUUAUCGACCAGGAGGGCGUCUCGGCGCCGUUUUCGACGACGUACUGGCACGUUGAGAAUGUCACGGAAACGCCUUGGACGGAGGUCGUCGAAUGGGUGAUGAAGCAUACGAACUGGGCAGUACGGCCCAUCGGAACUGUGGAAUGGAUCGACAUGGUGAAGCGCGCGGCGACGCGGGUGGGGGCCGAGGGCGCGCCUAUUCCUGCGGUGAAGCUGGUCGAUUUUUACGACCGGUUUACGGGAGGCGAGGCGAGGACGCUCGACGUCACGAAGACUCUGGAGGCGUCACUACACCUCAGGGAGCUUGGCAGCGUCGUUCCAUUCCUGUCUAAAUACGUCGACUUUAUCUUGUCGCACAAGCACGAUUGAGUCAAUGGUAAAGGGUUGUGCGCACCACGAUGAGGUGUUUCUGU